AUGUCUGCUAUCCCACAAAACGCCAACGUCACUAUUUUAUCCAAAAACGAAAAGAAAGCCAGAGAAGCUAUCUUAAAAUUAGGUUUAAAGAAGGUUGCUGGUAUCAUCAGAGUUACUUUCAGAAGAAAGAACAACGAAAUUGUUGCCAUUGACAACCCAGAAGUCUUCAGAUCUGCUGGUGGUAACUAUGUCGUCUUUGGUGAACCAAAGAUUGACGAUUUCACUCAAAAAUUAGCUGCUGCUCAACAACAAGCUCAAGCCAGUGGUAUCCUACCAAGCGAAAAGGACAUUGCUACUAAAUCUCCAGAAGAUAUUCAAGCUGAUAUGCAAGCUGCUGCUGCCGCUAACGACAAUGCUACCGCUGCUAACGACAACGAUGAUGAAGAAGUCGAUGCUGGUGAUUUAGCCAAGGAAGAUAUCGAUUUAGUUAUGCAACAAGCUAACGUCACUAAAAACAAGGCUGUUAAAGCUUUAAAAGAACACAAUGGUGACAUCGUCAAUGCUAUCAUGUCUUUGUCUAAGUAA